UCCAUCCAGAACAAGCCAUUGCCGUUCGCCGACACCGACGCCGACGCCAAAAACGAACCGCGGUUUGUUACUCCCUCUGCGACCAAUAACACGAUUCCCAAUACGCACUGGGCGGUUUGUUGGUGUAUUGUGCAAGUCAUAGUAAAAAUAGUGCCCAAGCGCCAAGGUCGACACGCAUCUCGCGCUCGCGGCUGCUUCUCAUUCGACCGACAACCGCCGUGGUGGAGUGACGCUUUCUCUAGACUUGCCCCCAGUGCUUUGCUACCAUACUUUAGUCAUCAUGGAGCGUUGGAUAAGUCGUGUGGCCGUAGUGACCGGUGCCAGCUCGGGAAUUGGUGCUGCAGUCGCGAAGGAUCUGGCCAAAGCCGGCAUGGUUGCCGUCGGUCUGGCACGACGCGUCGAGCGUAUCGAGGAACUACGAAAGGAUGUGCCGGAGGAUGCGGCCAAGCGGUUGCACGCGAUCAAGUGUGAUAUUUCGAACCAGGCUGACAUUGAUGCAGCGUUCAAGCAGGUGGAAGAACGGUUUGGUGGAAUUGAUGUGUUGGUGAAUAAUGCCGGAAUCGUCCGGAACGUUCCACUGCUGGAUGUGAACAGCUCGGCGGACAUUAAGUCCGUAGUGGACACCAACGUGACCGGGCUGGUCCUGUGCAGCCAACAGGCGUUCCAAUCGAUGACGAAGCGAUCGGUCGAUGGACACAUUAUUAACAUUAGCAGCGUCGUGGGCCACAUGGUUCCGAAUUAUCCGAAGCUGAACGUUUACCCUGCCUCGAAGCACGCCGUCAAAGCCAUCACGGAAACGAUGCGCCAAGAGACGCGAGAUGCUGGCAGGAAGGUCAAAGUGACGAGUAUUAGCCCCGGUGGCGUGAGGACAGAAAUUCUGGAUGGUGUUGGACUGCCGGAGGACACACCGUUGCUCGAUCCGCACGACAUCUCGGACGCCGUAUUGUACACGCUGGCCACUCCACCACGAGUGCAGAUACACGAAAUCAUUAUCAAGCCGGCCGGCGAGAGAAUUUGAUCACUCAUCGACACGUUGUCCAUCGUUAUGUUUCAAUACAACCUUGGGUCUAUUGGCCACAAAUGUCUCAAAUCUAAGCGACUUACAUAAUUUCGUGGCCUCUAUUUCCUGUGCAGAAGGGAGGAUAGAAAAGGGGGUUAUCAAGCGCUCGUGGUGCUAUCCAGAAACAAUCGGCCCUAUAGAAGCAUAAUAUAGCCACGCACUUGCUGCUGAUAAGAUAGCGCGCUAGCGAAGUGAGAAAAAAAUACCAUCCUUCGCGGGUAUUUGUGUGCCGUGAUAUUUCACGCUUCACGCACCGGUGUGUCUGGGUGUAAAUGUAUCGCUUCUGUUCGCUCUCGCGUAAAACCCCUGAUGCUGAUUAGAGAGAAUGAUCGAGAUCGGCAACAUCCGGUCUCUCCCGAGGGGUGGUUGCUGCUGACCUUGAAUGUUUGCCCAUUCUUGCGUGAUUCUGGCGCAAGUGUUUUGCGCAGAUAGGUAGAAGCAAGGAAGUUUGAGGCAGGUUUGCAAAAAACAUUGAUUUGCAUGUUUUCUUGGCGAAGCGAUAUGCAGAAAUCAAACAUCCAGUCCAGUUAUUUAGUGGGGUGGUCGUGUAUUGGACGGCACGGUCACGGUCAACCGAACUGUGGAUCGAUUAUUCCAAGCGCAUCGUUAGGAUUUAAAUCGAAUAUAGGCGCUCUUGUAAAGUCUGUUGAUGAUUUGCUGUACUGGGCAUAUAUUAUUGACUUCAUUGACUAUCUGAGAUUUUUCUUAAAGCAUUCAAAAUAUUUUAUCACACCGAGGCAUGUUUGAGAAAAAUAUUAGUUCCACUGUUGGUUUCUAAGUCGAACAACUACUACAUUUUGAAUAAAUGGCG